UUAAAAAGAAAAUUAAUUAAAAAAUGAGUCAUUUAUAGUACCUAUACUGAAAACUGUAGCCUCAGGUAACAAAUCACACAAGAAAAAGACAGAAGAUGAUAAAUAAACAACAAUAUGAAGUGCGAAGUAACAUUUGGUACCUGAAAGUUGUUGAUGUCAUGAGAACAGUUAAGAUUGGAAUAAAUAGCGCCAACUUAUCCAACAAAGUAACCAUCUCUGCACUGACGAAAAGAACAAAUGCAGCAUCAAUGUACGACUUUCUAUUCCAACAGAAUAGCAAUGUCUCGACGGAAUCCACGGCUGUCUGCACAUGUGCAUGGCUUGAAAAAGGCACAAGGUCGACAGGCAGAUGUAGCACCGUUUCUACAAACGAAUUUGGAAGAACCGUUGUCAGAGGUUCUUUGGAAUUCGCCAGAUGCCGUUGCGUGCAGAAAUCUGGCCUUAUCCACAUGUUUUGUGGAAGGAAUAAAGAACGGAAAUCUGAAUCCAACAGCCUUUGGGGGAUACAUGGUACAAGACUCUGUCUACUGUUGCAAAGCCAAAUAUUCUAUUGACGCCGCAAUCUGUCGUGCUCCUGAUGGGGAUGUCAAAACAUAUCUGGAAAAAGAAUCUGAAAGUUAUGAAGGGUACUAUGAGGAAUUGUUUACAAAGUGGCACAUCGAUGAUCCAACUGGAAUCAGUCUUAGUCAGGCCUGCCAGUCUUACGCAGACUUCGAACAUCUGGUCGCCUCAACAGAGGACACCAUCUACAUGAUAGUGGCCAUGAUUCCGUGUAUGAAGUUGUGGCCCUGGCUUGGAAAGCAGCUUGAGCAGGGGGACCAUGGUGUAUACAACGAAUGGUAUCAAAAUAAUUUUGAUCCGACGUACGACGGCUAUAAAGUUCUGGACGCCUUUGUAGACGAUGCCGCAGCCCAGGGCACCAUCGAUGAUGUGAAAGCAAUGGAAGUGUUUUCGAGAUGCAUGCAGGGUGAAUACGAAUUUUUCAAUUCGGCAAACAUAUAGUGUAAUGAUACCAAAUCAUUCUGAAGUGAAUUCACUAAUUCACGACUUUUACUCGCUAUAUUCAAUGACGAUGCGAAUCCAUAUUCCUGUACGAAAACAUUAUUUUUAAAUCUGCGUGUUUAUAUAGCAUGUGCUUAUUCUUCUGUAUGUAUGUAUGUAGGCGAAGAGUAUUUACUGCAUGUAUUUAGAACUUAAUAGUGAAUAAAAUCAUAUAAUGCUUCAACAAA